AUGACCCUCUUCAUCCUCACCGAAACGAGCGCCGGCUACGCUCUGCUCAAGGCCAAGGACAAGAAGCUGCUGAAGCGCGAUGAUCUCGCAACAGAAACCGAGACCGCCGAGGGCGCCUGCGGACUGUUCAAGCUCAAGAAGUUUGAGAAGUUCGACAGCGCUGCCACCGCCCUCAACGAGGCCGCUGCCCUGACCGACGGCAAGGUCACACCCAUGCUCAGCAGCCUUCUCGACGAGAUCAAGGACGAGAAGAAGGCCUCCCUCGCUGUGGCCGACCCCAAGCUGGGCAAUGCCAUCAACAAGCUCCCGGGCCUGUCUAUCACCCCCAUUUCGGACGGCUCCACCCAGGAUGUCUUCCGCGCCAUUCGUCUCCACCUUACCUCUCUGAUCCCCGCGCUUAAGCCCGACGAUGUUUCCACCAUGUCUCUUGGUCUGUCUCAUUCGCUAUCGCGCCACAAGCUCAAGUUCUCUACCGACAAGGUCGACACUAUGAUUAUCCAGGCCAUCUCUCUUCUCGACGAUCUGGACAAGGAGCUUAACAUCUAUGCCAUGAGAGUGAAGGAGUGGUAUGGCUGGCAUUUCCCUGAGAUGGCCAAGAUCAUCAACGAUAAUGUGGCAUAUUCGCGUGCUAUUUUGGCUAUGGGAAUGAGAUCUAACUGCGUCAACACCGACUUGUCGGAUGUCCUGCCCGAGGAGAUUGAGGCCUCGCUGAAGGUUGCUGCCGAAGUUUCCAUGGGUACCGAGAUCACGGACGAGGAUCUUGAGAACAUCAAAGCUCUCGCCGAGCAGGUCGUUGGCUUCACCGAGUACCGUCAGACCCUCUCCAACUACCUUUCCAGCCGCAUGCAGGCCAUCGCUCCCAACCUCACUGCGUUGGUUGGUGAUCUCGUCGGCGCUCGUCUGAUCGCUCAUUCCGGCAGCUUGAUCAACCUGGCCAAGUCGCCCGGUUCCACCAUUCAGAUCCUUGGUGCCGAGAAGGCUCUUUUCAGAGCCCUGAAGACCAAGCAUGACACGCCCAAGUACGGUCUCAUCUACCACGCCUCCCUCAUUGGUCAGGCUUCUGGCAAGAACAAGGGCAAGAUUGCCCGUAUGCUUGCCUCCAAGGCUGCUCUUGGUCUGCGUGUCGAUUCCUUGUCCGACUGGGGUGCCAACAGCGAGGGCACCGAUGCAGAGCCCACCGAGGAGGAGAAGGCUGCGCUCGGAAACACUGCCCGCAUUGCCAUCGAGCGCAGGCUGCGUGCCCUUGAGGGCAAGCCCAUUCAGUCCAAGGGUACUGCGAUCGGUCCCUCUGGCCAGGCCAGCGCACCUAAGUUCGACAUCAAGGAAGCCAAGAAGUACAACGCCGACGCUGAUGGUCUUACUGGCAACGAGCCGGCCGCGAACGACACGGCCAACGGCAUCGAGGUGGUUGACGGUGCAUCGGAGUCCGAGAGUGAAUCUGAAGACGAUGCUCCCAAGUCGAAGGGUGGCGACAAGGCCGCAAAGAAGGCGGAGAAGGAGGCAAAGAAGGCAAGAAAGGCUGAGCGUGCUGCGAAGCGUGAAGCCAAGGAGGCCAAGAAGGCAGCCAAGGAGGCCAAGAAGGCGUCCAAAGACACCACUGAAGGCGCGACCGAUCCCAAGAAGAGGAAGCGUGAUGAUGAAGGAGAGAAGUCGGAGAAGAAGAAGAAGAAGAAGAGCAAGGCCUAA